AUGAUUGAGCCUGAAGAGGUGUUUAUGGGUACAAAAGUUCUCAAACAGAUGAAAAGGCUUAGAUUGAUUUUGGUUCGAAACAUCCAUAUGUCUGGAUGCCCCGAGAAUCUUUCGAAUGAGAUAAGGUGGCUCGAUGUGCAUGGAAACAACUUGCUAGCACCUGUAGAGAGCUCUGGUCCUGCACGACCAAGCAUUCAUGAUUCCAGUCCCACCAAACCUGCUAAGAAUGAGAAACAUCAUGGUCGGAUCAGAACGAUCUUGUUUAGAUCAAGAAACUACAAAAUUAAUUGCAGAGAUGCUCUGCCAGACUUUAAAUGUAUUAUGGCUCCCUCGCAUAAGCUUGCCCAAUUUUUAUGCUUCAAAGGACGCAAGGGUUGUACUCAUAAUCAUCGCCAAGCAGAUUCUGACCGCGGGGACUCUGACAGCGCGAGUGCAGAUUCUGAGAGUGAUAUGCCCUUGCAGGUGUUCAGAAAAUUUUCGAAGGCUGAGCUAAUUCAUGCAAGUAACAAUUUCUCCGAUCAUAAUAAGAUUGGAGUAGGCAGCGCCGGUUCAGUGUAUUACGGGAUAUUGGAUGGGCGGGAAGUGGCCAUCAAGUGGACAUAUGUAACCAGAAAAGGCUUUGAAUAUGGUGCUUUCAUCGCCGAGAUCCAGACUCUCUGUCAUGUCAAUCACAAGAAUCUUGUUCGGAUGUUGGGAUUUCAUGCAACAUGCAGUGAGCACGCCCUAGUAUCUCUGAUUUCGUGGACGACACGGCUCAAGGUGGCACUAGAUGUCGCGAGGGGAAUGGAGUACUUGCAUGAAUUCACACGUCCUCAAAUAGUGCACGGAGAUGUGAAGUCAGCAAACAUAUUGCUGGACAAAAGCUGGACUGCCAAAAUUGCAGAUUUUGGAUCCUCCGUCCAUCUUCCUGAAGAUGAAGAAUCAGACCAUCGGGAAGUUGUUAGCGGCACCAUGGGUUAUUUGGCUCCAGAAUAUAUCUCGACCAAUAGACUAACAACUAAGGCGGAUGUGUAUGGCUAUGGCAUCGUGUUGCUUGAACUAUUAUCUGGGCGCAAAGCACUCCAAAGGGAUGAAGAUGGCCCAUUAUGCCAUAUCACGGAGGUCGUAGUUCCAAACAUAAUCGAGGGUAAAAUUUGCCAGUCUCUGGACCCAAGAUUGCCAGUUCCGGCCCAUUUCGAGAUGAUAGCAGUAUCAGACAUGGCGUACCUCGCGGUGGAUUGCGUUCACAUGCAAGCGGAAAACCGACCCCCUAUGACUUAUGUAGUGGACUCCCUCAGGAGUGCUUUAGCUAAAUGCUUACCGGAUUGUCUCUAA